AUGUUUCGCCCCACAGAAAGAUGGUGGGCCCAGUGCGGGGCGGAAGUGACGAGGGCGGGGCGAAUGACGUUGCCAUCUGGAAUUUUUUACUGCGUGUGAAGAUGGCCGCGUUCGGGCUGCGGUUCGCGAUGGGCUCGGCUCUGCUGCUGGUGGGGUUGGUGUUUGGGGCGGCGGCGGCGGCGGACGACGUGAAGGUGCAGGACGCGCUGGAGGCGGUGGCAAUGCCCCCCUUGCUGGGCGGCCUGUACGACGUACGCGUAGAUUCCCCCAAGGUGGUGAAAGCGACCAGGGUGGCCGUGAAGGCCUUCAACCGCGGCUCCAACGACGUGCAUCGCAGCGCGGUGUCGAAUGUGAUAUCGGCCCAAGCACAGGUGGUGGCGGGGAUCAUGUACCAUCUCACCCUGGAGCUGAGAACCACCGUCUGCAGGAAGAUUUCUGUUUCCCGGAACUGUCGCUUCAACAAGGAUCCUCAAUAUGCCAAGACAAUGACCUGUAGAUUUAAAGUCUUGGAUCGCCCGUGGGUCGGGCCCAUGCAGGUGUUCGAACAGCGUUGCUCCAGGACGGCCAAGUGACCGGUCUGUAGGACCCCGGCGGCACACAGCGUGGCGCGCACCGCUCAGCUAAAGCAAUAAUUCUGAUGACCAGGUCAAAUGGAUACGAAUACAGCACUUUACCACGGCCCGGGGCGCCUCGUAAUGCAAUCUCUACAACGCAUACAGACAAACGCGCGUGUGUAUGCACUCGCUCAGUAAUAUACAUUCCCCAGGCUACUAUCUCUCUCUCUCUCUUUCACACGCCAUCUUUGAGUUGGAACCCUUGAAAGAUGGCUCGUCAUAGACAUCGAGGGGCCAAAUAACCCGCUCCUGUGCCAGACCGCUGUACGUUCUGUGCUCAGUAGUAUUUGGGCUCCAACUCGCGGGCUGACCAGUUAUUACCAUAAUUGUAUACUGUAAUUAAUCUGCAAAUGUAUAUUUUUAUUCUUGCGCAAUAAAGUUUUUGCAUUCUGA